AUGGCUCAAGGUCAAUUACCCGAAGAAUAUAUAGCAUUGGGAAAAGAUCUUAAGUCAAUUGACCGCGAAAUAUUAACAGAUGCGCUCGAUUUAACUAUAUUUUGGAAUCAAUUGGGAAAACAAGGUGAAAGUAGAAACAACAAAAAAUCAUCCAAAAAUCCAUAUUCUCAUACAAGACCUGUAUCAAUUGCUCAAUGUAGAUCUAUUGCGCGCGACGAUUCAAAGUCUUUAAAUUCGAUGUCAAAUCAUUCGCCAAAGCUACCGAAAACGAGGCCAACUCCUUUCGUAUCUCCAAAAGCACAGAAACAAAAGAAUAAUACAACUGACCAAACUAUAGAAGAACGCGAAAUCGAAGAAAAAUUAGAUAUUUCCUCAGCAGAAUUUUCAGAAGAAGAAGAUAUUAUGGUUCGUUACAAAUCAUCUAAAGCAACCGAUAGCAUUUUCACAUUGAAGGAGAAAAUGAGUCCAAUUCAUUUCCGAAGAAAGAGACGUUCCCAGAACACAUCUCAGUUUAGUAUUAAAAGUAUGGCAGAAGAGCUAGAGGAAAAUGGAAUGGGUUACAUGCUGAACCCAUUAAAUCUAGAAGAACCUAAAGAUCAAAUUACUAAAACAAAGACACGUAGAACGUCUACGAAAACAACGCCUACAAAGACUCAAGAACAAUAUGUUAAGUCUAUUGAUCCUAAUGAGUUAUACAAAUUAACACAUUCUGAUUCAUCUGAAGUUUUCUUCAACUUGGCAUCAGAAGGAUCCGAUCCUCACUUCAUGCUAAGGAAUAAUAGCAACGAAAGAUACAAUCUCGGAACUGAAGAUCAAUCCAGUGACGAAGAAACUGCAUUGCGCUUCGAAGCUUCAACAAAAUUCAUGGAACUCUACCCAGAAAAGUUCAGUGAUGAUGAAGCUUUUGAUAAUUUUGUUGAUGAUUAUAUUGCAAAACACAAAAAGACACAGAAAUAA